CAGCAUGGAACCCAGGACCGCCCGGCUGCCGAGCCCGCGUUCCACCCUCCUCGCCGCUGCCGCCUCCUGCGGGAGGGGGAGGUGGUCGGGAGGGCGUAUCGAAGGGGCAAGCUGGGCUCCAGGCUGGGCACGACCACUAACCCGAUUCGUGACCUCGGGCUUAACCCCUUUUCCUCUCGGGGCCUUGGUUUCUCCACCUGUGAAAUCGAGGUAGCGCCAGCCCUGCCUACCACCUCAGAGGCGCGUAUGGAGCAUCAGAGGUGAUACGUGGUGCAUGUGGACUUGCUUUGUAAAUAUCCCUGUGCUGAGGACACCAAGGUGCUGUUUCAGAGGCUGGAAGGAGGCGAGAGAGGGGCGGGGUGGGGAAGAAGACUAGAGCAGUCACAAAGAAGGGGGAGCACGAGUGGGUUGCUCUGACCCCAGGGCCCUCUGAAUGGGGAGUGAGGUCAGGAGUAGAGAGCCGGCUUUUCUCCCCUUUGGAGAAAACCUCACCCCCUUUUCUGGGCUGCCCCUCAGGGUCUCCAUCACCCAACUCCAUGCUUCGAGUCCUGCUCUCUGCCCAGGCCUCCGCUGCUCGGCUGUCUGGCCUGCUGCUGCUCCCGCCAGUACAGCCCUGCUGUCUGGGGCCCAGCAAGUGGGGGGACCGGCCUCCUGGAGGAGGCCUCCAUGCAGGCCCUGUGCAAGGGCUACAGCGGCUUCUGGAACAGGCGAGGAGCCCUGGGGAGCUGCUGCGUUGGCUGGGCCAGAACCCCACCAAGGCUUCCCAUCAGAUGGGCCCCUGAUGUGUGCCCUGGAGCAGGAGAGAAGGUUCCGCCUCCCUCCGAAGCCACCUCCCACUCUGCAACCUGGCCUGCGCAGUGGGCAGAGAUUGGAAGCUGCUCUGAGCUGCCCUCGUUUCCUGAGGCGUCCGCAGCAGCACCUCAUCCGCAGCCUGGCAGAGGCCAGGCCAGAGGAACUGACUCCCCACGUGAUGGUGCUCCUGGCCCAGCACCUGGCCCGGCACCGGUUGCGGGAGCCCCAGCUUCUGGAAGCCAUUGCCCACUUCCUGGUGGUCCAGGAAGCCCAGCUCAGCAGCAAGGUGGUACAGAAGUUGGUGCUGCCCUUUGGGCGGCUGAACUACUUGCCCCUGGAACAGCAGUUUAUGCCCUGCCUUGAGAGGAUCCUGGCUCGGGAAGCAGGGGUGGCUCCCCUGGCUACUGUCAACAUCUUGAUGUCACUGUGCCAGCUUCGGUGCCUGCCCUUCAGAGCCCUGCACUUUGUCUUUUCCCCAAGUUUCAUCAACCACGUCAGCGGCACCCCUCAUGCCCUGAUUGUGCGGCGCUACCUCUCCCUGCUAGACACGGCCGUGGAGCUGGAGCUUCCAGGAUACCGGGGUCCCCGCCUUCCCCGAAGGCAGCAAGUGCCCAUCUUCCCCCAGCCACUCAUCACUGACCGUGCCCGCUGCAAGUACAGUCACAAGGAUAUAGUGGCGGAGGGGCUGCGCCAGCUGCUAGGAGAAGAGAAGUACCGACAGGACCUGACCGUGCCUCCAGGCUACUGCACAGACUUCCUGCUGUGUGUCAGCAGCUCUGGUGCUGUGCUUCCCGUGAGGACCCAGGACCCCUUCCUACCCUACCCUCCCAGGUCCUGUCCCCAGGGCCAGGCUGCCUCUCAGCCCACCACCCACGACCCUGCCCAGAGGGUGGUGCUGAUGCUGCGGGAACGUUGGCAUUUCUGCCGGGACGGCCGAGUGCUGCUGGGCUCCCGGGCCCUACGGGAGCGGCACCUGGGCCUGCUGGGCUACCAGCUCCUGCCGCUCCCCUUCGAGGAACUGGAGUCACAGAGAGGCCUGCCCCAGCUCAAGAGCUACCUGAGGCAGAAGCUCCAGGCCUUGGGCCUCCGCUGGGGGCCGGAAGGGGGGUGAGGGGGGUGCACAUGGGGCUCAGGAUGACCCCCCCCAAUGGGGGGGUGGACAGUUUGCACUUUGGCUCUCUAUAUUUUGGUUUCUCAUUAAAGUCCCUUUCCUUCCCCA